CGCCUCCAUUCUCCCCCAACCCACCAGAGCCAAGUGAAAUCCCAAUCUCCAAACUCCUCAGCGCAGCAGCAGCCAGAUCCUUCCCCAUCCAUCCCAAUGGCCCGCACGAAGCAGACGGCGCGCAAGUCCACCGGCGGCAAGGCGCCGAGGAAGCAGCUCGCCACCAAGGCGGCUCGCAAGUCGGCCCCGGCCACAGGCGGCGUGAAGAAGCCCCACCGUUUCCGCCCCGGCACCGUGGCGCUCCGGGAGAUCCGCAAGUACCAGAAGAGCACGGAGCUGCUCAUCCGCAAGCUCCCCUUCCAGCGCCUCGUCCGGGAGAUCGCCCAGGACUUCAAGACCGACCUCCGCUUCCAGUCCUCCGCCGUCUCCGCGCUCCAGGAGGCCGCCGAGGCGUACCUCGUCGGCCUCUUCGAGGACACCAACCUCUGCGCCAUCCACGCCAAGCGCGUCACCAUCAUGCCCAAGGACAUCCAGCUCGCCCGCCGCAUCCGUGGGGAGAGGGCCUAGGUCUUGGUUCGCCGGCAGUACUGGGUAGUAGCUGCUCUUGUCCUGUGAUCCGGGUGUGUGUCGGGUGCUUCUGUUUGUUGGUGUUGAUAUGAUGUGUCGUCUGGUCCUAUGUAUGCUGAUGCUCGAAUGAAAUUGCAAUGGAAAGUUCAGUGUUAUCGAUC